AUGGGUAAAGGGGGGAGACCCCCAAAUUCUGUGGGGGAUCUUCUAAUCAAUAGAGAUUCUAAGAAGGCAAAGGGGGAGAUGAUGGCGGACUUGGAGAUGCACGAGGAACCUCCGAUUGUGGGCACAAUGGAGGUUGAGGGAGAUGGAUCUGGCCCGAUUGGGGGCGAUGAGGCUAUGACUGGUAUCAGUGUAGAGGAGGAGGUCAAGAGGGAUCCUCGGAAGCUGAUUUCUUAUAAAGAUCAACUCCUCAGUGUUAAUGGUGUAUGGGAUGGAAUCCCUGAAGAUGACGCAGACGACUGGUUCGCCCAGAGCAAGCAAGAUGAGAUCGAAGAGGAAGAAGCUCUGAAGGCUUAUGAACAGAUUGGUGAGGAUGACCCCUUAAAUCCGUUCUAUCAAUUUGAUAUUCUAGAAAAGGUCGAUCAGUGUAAGAGAUGGAGGAAGACAUUGAUUGUCAAGCUGAUGGGCAAGCGGCUGGGUGCGAGAUUCUUAUGGAAUCGUCUUCAUAAGCUCUGGAACCUUGAAGGGGAGUAUAGGGUUCUGGAUUUGGAGAAUGACCAUUACAUGGUCGAAUUUGAGAAACCCCAAGACUAUCUGUUCGUCCAACAACAGGGACCGUGGAUUGUGGCUGAUCACUAUCUCAUAGUGCAGAGAUGGAGGCCUAAUUUUGACCCUUAUGAUGACAGAAUGCGGAAACUUGCGGUUUGGAUCAAAAUCCCAGGAGUUCCAAGGGAGUUCUAUACGCAUAAGGACCUUUGGAGGAUGGGGAAUAUGGUGGGCAGGACACUGAGGAUUGAUGAAAGCUCUCUCAGGAUCAGUGGCCAAGGUCAACUUGAAGAGAUUACUGACAGGGGAAAGUUUGUUCGAAUCUGUGUAGAAAUUGAUUUAAACAAGAGUUUACUAUCCAAAUUCAGGAUAGGCCAGAGACAGCUUUACAUCGGCUACGAAGGUCUCCACCUAAUUUGCUUCCUAUGUGGUCAAUAUGGACACAGGAAGGAUCAGUGCUCCAUGAAUCCGGUUAAUGGGAAAAAAGCUGAGGAGAAUCCUGAAGAGGUAACUCAGGGUAACCAUUCGGCUCAUGUUCACAAUGAGGCUAUGCCCACGGCUGGAAUUGAGAAGAGUCAAGAGGUGGAUGGGUUUGGAAGCUGGAUGACGGUUCAGAGAAGAAAUUUUAAAAGGCCAUCUCUGAACCUGAAACCCAAGGAAGUUCCAGUAAGCAAGGAUAAGCUAGUUGUUGCGGGUUCUGAUGUGCAGUCCAAGGGGUGUGCCACUGGGUCCAGGUUUGGCCCAUUAGAGGGUGAGACUGAACAGGAAACAACACCAGUAGCAUCCAAUCAAGUGGCUGGAGCUAAUUUCACUAAGCCUGCUGGAGGUUCUAACCAACACAGCAAAGUUCAGGGGGGGAAAAGAAGAAGAAUAGUUUAG